UCCACAUGGAGGAUCAGGUCCAGGUCCACCUGGAGGAUCAGGUCCAGGUCCAGAUGGCUCAAGUCCAGGUCUACUCGGAGGAUCAAGCCCAGGUCCACAUGGAGGAUCAAGCCCAGGUCCAGAUGAAUCGAGCCCAGGUCCAGAUGAAUCGAGCCCAAGUUGACGUCCAGACCCAACCUCAGGCUAAUGCCCCGGUCCAGGUCCUGACCUAGGCUAAUGCUCCAGUCCAGGUCCAGACCCGGGCCAACACAUACACCUGUGUGCCUAUGCUGGAGGUAUUUGUGCAGGCAUUUGUACAUAUAUUUUAGGUGUUAGACGCAAUGUAGCAGGAUUUGCUUUGUUCGUGUUGAAUAUCCAUCACUCUGUGUGUAUCUAAUGCUGUUUCGUCUUCCUCCAGCCUGCUGUGUACAUAUGGGGCAAGGAGCUAUUGACAGCCACUACUCUGGCCUCCACUCCGUUGUCUUAUCAGAAACAGAUGCUGGGAGAGUGUCUGAUCACCCUCAUUGACAAGGUGCAGCCCAGUCUGGCUCAUAAGCUUACUGGAAUGUUUCUUGAAAUGGACAACAAUGAGGUGAUUCACCUGCUGGAGUCUCCAGAAGCUCUGCACACCAAGGUCCUUAAGGCAGUGGCUAGCCUCCGUGCACCCAAGAUGAACAUGGCCACCGCUACUGGCUUGUAUGGAGUGCCUGGAAACUGCAGAACCAAGCAGCACAUGAUCCGUGCCAAGCCCCAGGCGGCUACAGAGCAGGUACGUACAGUACAAGCACAUGACAACCUACUUUCCACUCUGUUGCUCUUGUGUUCCACACAGCCUGGCUAACUGUCACCCUAUCCUCCUCCAGUCAGCCGUGCUGGGCCAGGAGCCUCUGACGGCCUCCAUGCUGGCUGCUGCUCCGUCCCAGGACCAGAAGCAGAUGCUGGGAGAGCGUCUUUACUACCUGAUCCAGGACAUCCAGCCCAGCCUGGUGGGAAAGGUCACCGGCAUGCUGCUGGAGCUGGAUGAGGCUGUGGCUGUGUACAAGGCCUACCUGGCCGAGGAAGCUGCCAAGAACGCAGUGAUCAACACUGCUGAUGUCUCAAACAUCUAAAUCAAGGAAUGAGAAACCUGGACUAUAAAAAACACGGACUAAUGAUUAAUUCAGACCAAGAAAAGAUAACCUUUGCUUUUUUAAUUAAUGAAAUUAUUAUGCCAUUCCCUCUGGAAUUGUGUUAUUUUUAAAGGAAUGAAAUGCUUCUUCAUAAUGAAUUUGCUCUCAGGAAAUAAAACAUAUGAAAAUGACUUGUGUUAUAGUCUUUGUAUGACUUCCAGAUAUGAUAGUUACACUAGUUUCACUUUUAACUAACCACACUUCACAUGUGUCGCCGAUUCCACUAAUAUUAAACACUCAAUACAAGCUGCUCCAACUUACUAACUGGACUAAGCUCUAACCCUGCUCUGUCCAACCCAAGCUGCUCUACCCAGAGUUAAGCUUCACCAUCACAGCUCCCCUGGUUCUUUCCUGCAGGAGACCAGGAUGUGUCCCAAGAGCUAAUCUGGCCUUAACCCCUGCAGCUCUGGAAAUGGGAUAGUGAGGUGACCUCACCUUCACAUACCUGGAUGCAAACCAGGAUAUGUGGUAAUAACAGGGGAAGUGGCUGCUGUGCUGCACACCAAUGUUCCCCUGGCUGUGUCAGUUCCCCCCUGGGAGACU